AUGGAUGGUCAGAAUAGCAUGCAACAGCUCCAGGAGCUCCUGGCGAUGGAGGGAAAUGGCGUAUGCUUCGACUGCGGCGCUAGCGGCCCGUCCUGGGUCUCCCUGUCGCACGGCAGCUUCAUCUGCCUCAGCUGCUCCGGUGUACACAGGGGAUUCGGCCUCAGCGUGAGCUUCGUGAAGAGCGUCAACAUGGACACCUGGUCCGCGAGGCAGAUGUUGUACAUGAAGCACGGCGGCAACCAGAAGCUGCGCAGCUUCUUCGACGAGAUGAAGAUCAUGGACCUGCCGCUGUCGCUGCGCUACAAGACCGAGGGCGCCGCGUACUACCGCAAGCGGCUGCGUGCGUUGGUGGACGGUGCACCCCUGCCACCGAUGAUAGAGGCCGAGGUGGCGUGCCGCCUGGAGGAGCAGACGCCGGGGUCGCUGAGCGCGACUCCGCACGCCGUCAUCUCCGCGCCGCUGUCGCCGUCGAGCAGCUUGGCCACUCCGUUCACGCAGGUGAACAUUGACGCGUCCGACGUCACCGCCGAGGAAGAUGGCGCCAGCGUCCCCCUUCAUCCGACCGUGCCGCAGAUCAACCUGCAGACCUCGCCCUCAAUGAACGAGACCCCCGGCUACCAGCCCUCGCAAAUGCCCGGUAGACAUUCGGUGCCGCCAGGAGCUCAGAAGAAGCGUUCGCAGAAGAGCGACUUCUUGGGGUCACUGGGGUCGAUGUUCGGUUCGUUCGUGGACACGGCCAUCUCCACUGCGGGGACCGCCGUCACCGAGAUGAGGAACCGCGGCGUGAUCGACCAGGCGAAGGGCGCCUUCGAGACCAGCAAGUCGUGGCUGGAGACCCAGGGGAAGAAGAUCGCCACGAGCGUGCAGGAUCCCGAGUUCUGGGAGACGAGCCACCUGAGGGCUAAGCAUGAGGCGUCGAAGGUCGCCCAUCACCUUUCAACGGCUGCCUCCACCGCGCAGAGUUGGAUCCAGAAGAAGGUUGCAGAAAUGCAGAACUCGUCUGAUCCCGCGGCCAGGUACGGAGGCACAGAAUCUUCCUCCGUGUCUUACAAACCGCAGCCACGCACGCAGCAAGGACCCAUCGGCGUGAUGGGCGGCGCCAACCUGUGGACCGAGCCGAAGGACCCCGAUGCCGAUGAUGUGAAUCCCAUCAUCGAGCAGUACCAGCAGCCACAGUGA